AUGGCUGGCAAAGCUUCCAAGAAACAGGCUCAGGCCAAUGUUCAGGCCCUGAAGCAACUUCACACCGUCUUGGGUGGGGUUUUGUCACUGGUUCUAUUGCGGCUGGUCUUCUCUUCCAAAAAGCGGUGGUUUUGGAUGGUUAUUCUCCAUCUACCAGCUGCAGCCUGUACCUACAUGCUGGAAAAGAACGGCAGGCCUAGGUUCGACUCGUCGGGCCACGUUGUGCGGGAGGGUAUGGAUCUAGCGCAGAAGGGCCUCACAGAAUGGAUGUUUGACAUCGUUUACUUGACACUGCUUGCCGAUUCUGGAGUAGUGGUUUUCAACACCAUGAAAUUUUGGUACGUUAUGCUCUUGGUGCCUGUUUAUAUCGGCUAUAAGCUCAAAGGAAUAGCCGGUCCGAUGCUGGGUGGUAACAACAACGCCAGGGCGCCAUCCGAGAGCUCCACUGCUCCUGCAGCCGAGACAAAAUCGAAGAGACAGGCUAAACGUGAAAAGAACGGUGACAAAGUCCGGUACAAGUACAAGUAA